CCCAUGGUAAGGCAAGAAGUGAACCAUAAUUAAACCUCCGUGCCACCCGCACUCCACCUUAUUUUCUAGAUUCUGGUGGCUACAAACUCAACCACGGCUCCUGACGUGCUUCUAUACCAUUCCCUAUAAAUCGUGCACCUCCGACCCUCCGCCUUCCUCGUCCACAAUCCCUCCCUCCAACCUCUCUCCUCAAAGACAGAAAAAAUAGCCCAGAAAAUGGGAUCUAUGGUCUCCACAACUUCCGACAUGCCCACCACAGGCCUCUAUGCAAGGCCUCUGACUGCUGUCGGUCCAACCCCAGGCGUCCUCGUCGAUCGCGCAAACCCCACCGCCUCCACCUCCACCUCCUACAUCGCCAACGUCGACGCCCACAUCGUCGCUGCCACCGCCGACGGAUUCGGCACUGCCACCGCCAACAACCCCGGAUUCGUCACCGUCACCGUGCCCCGCGCCCAGUCGUCCUCGACUACCACCACCGCAACUGCCUCACCACAAACGAAUGGGUUAAGUCACUCCCGCCCGCCCGGCCACUAGCUAAGAGUACGAUUUGAGUAAACAAGCUAACGACUUUGAAAACAGCGAGGGCUUGGAAAAGCGGAAUGCCCGUCACGGCGUUCAUUGUG